CUUAAAUUGCGCAUGUACAAGUAAGCAAGAUUGCUUAUAAAAGUAGACAGGAUAGAUGGGAGUGCCUCAUUUAACAGAAAAACGAGCAGUAAGCCACAAUCAUGAGUUGUUCCAAGCCUUAUCGUGUUGGUCAAUGGCUUCCUUCGGACAAGAAAGUACUUGACAAAUGGUUAGCCAACUUGAUCAAAGAUGUCGAAGUUAAAUCUAAAGAUAAGUUAGAGCUGCUAAUGUCUGGUCAUCCACCAGCUGAAGAUGAAGCAAAAGCCAUGGGCGAACUUCGAUCUACAGCUACUUUGAGUGUUACAAACCUCCAUCUUCAUAAACCGGUUGAAGAUUUAAUGAACGCUAUUCUCACUGAUCCUGAGAUCAACAUGUUCUUUCAUCAAAUGUUCUGGCAACAGUAUUCACUUCCAAAUACUUCAGGAGUGAAAAUUCCGUCAUGGCAGCUUAUGAUUGUUAUAAUCGACCACAUCAUGACAACUGCUCCCGAAUAUAACAAAACCGGUUUGGUUGGCUUCCCCAUUAAUGUGAUCUUGAACUGGCCGAUGGCCACGACUGCUGGAUUUGCUGCUUUCUUGAACGACAAAGUCAACAGGUUGUUCAAGAAUAUUCUCAAUUACUGGGGCAUAUUUCUGUCCAGUCCAGAUUCUUGCUAUGUUUUGAGUAAAGAUCCUCGAAACGGUUGGUUUGGUGAGGACGCUAUGCUAGCAAUGCCAAACUUUGAGAAAGAGUUCAAAUGCAAUCCGAAGGCAGAACAUUAUGGUUUUAAGUCAUGGGAUGACUUCUUCACAAGAGAGUAUCGCCCUAGAAUUCGUCUAGUAGAAUCUCCAGACGAUGAUUACAUCGUUGCGAAUGCCUGUGAGUCGGCACCGUUCAAGAUAGCUACAGGCGUGAAACAGAGAGAUUUCUUUUGGAUAAAGAAACAACGAUACUCUUUGGAUUUCAUGCUGAACAUGGAUGGUCUGGCAAAGCAAUUUUAUGGUGGGACCGUUUACCAAGCGUUUCUUAGCGCCACCAGUUAUCACCGAUGGCACAGUCCUGUGUCGGGUACCAUUUACAAAACAGAACUUGUCGAUGGUUCAUAUUACUCGCAAACCCAUAAUAUCCAGGACGACCCUGCAGCACCCAACGAAUCACAGGGAUACCUGGCUCAGGUAGCUGCUCGAGGAAUCAUUUACAUUCAAGCUGACAACCCUGAUAUUGGCAUGAUGUGUUUUGUAUCAAUCGGUAUGUCAGAAGUGUCUUCCAACGAAAUCACUGUUAGGGAGAAUGAUAAAGUGAAGAAAGGCGACCAGCUGGGUAUGUUUCACUUUGGUGGCUCCACGCAUUGUCUGAUAUUCCGACCCGAAGUGAAAAUCGAGUUUGAUACGCGAGGUCAAACACCAGGUCUGCACGAUUUACACAAUAUUCCAGUUAAGGCUAAAAUCGCUACAGUAUUUCCAGCACGCAAGUAAGAGUGAGGAUUCUGGCUUAAACCUAUCGAGUUAGCCUAUUUUAAAGAAGUUUAAAUUCAUGAAAUUUAAGAAAUCCCAUUGAAAAUAACUCCAAUUCCGGGACUUUCAGAGUUUAUCUUUGCAUCUUAGUUUGUACCUACUGUUUUUAUGUUUUGCUCCUCUGUUUUUAUUAUUGUUUUCUAAUAGUUUUAUUUUUUUUUUUAAUAUGCUUUAUUUUCAUAUUCUUGGAAGAACAGCUGAUUUAUAAUAUUCUAAGAUUAAUUUAUAUCUGUAAGGGCGUAUACUUUGUAAUAGUGACUUUUUUUUCUUUUUAGUUUAUGUUUCUUUUGGGACUUUGGUAUUUUUGGUUGAAUUAUCUUUACUUUUUGAAGUUUAACUAAUAUAGGUAUUUUAGAUUGAUUUAUCUUAACUUAAUUGUGAUUACUUCAAGAAUGGAAUCUAUUAAAUUGAAAGAUUUUUAGUUUCAUUUAAUUUGGUUUUUUUUUUAAAGAGAUUUUGUUAUUUCUCAAAAUUAUUGACAUUUUAAGAUUGAUAUAUAAUACAAAGGACUUGAAACUUAUGAUUAAAAUUUAAAUUGAAUUUUAUUUUUUUAUUGCUUCAUUGCUCUUCUAAGAUUGUAGUGUUUCUCCUAAUUAUUAAUAAAGUAUUAUAGAGUACGGUAUUUUAAUAUUGAUUUGCAGUAGAGACUUGAAGAAUUAAUAAUAAACUGAAUAAUUCUUUAAUUUUCUUCAUUGUUCUAGUUGAUUUGUGGUAUGUCUCUUGAAUUAUUGAUAUUUUGAAAAAAUAAAUUGAUUUAUGGUAAUGGUAAUGGUUGGAGACUUAUAUAGCGAAAAGUACAUGGUCUCUAUGCGUUAAAGUUGAUUAAUAGUAAAACUGAUGUGAAGUUUUAAUAUUUCAAGAUUAAAUUUUAAAUUGAAUGAUGCUGGGUUUUUGUAUUGCUUCAUUUGGGUAUUUCUCUUAAAUUAUCUAAAGAUAUCUAGUCUAAGAUUGAGUUAUAUUAAAAAUGACUUGAAUAUUUUAAUGUGUUCAAUAAUAAAUUUUAUAUUGAAUGGUUUUAUGGGGGUUUUUUAAUUUACUUUAUUAUUCUUGUGGAAUUUUGGUAUUUUUCUUAUCGAUAUAUUGGAAAGUAAACUGAUUUAUAAUAUUUAUAACAUUGAUUGCUUUAUAAAAAUACUAAAACUUUAAAUAAUUUAAGAGUGAUUUUUAGGUUAUGGUGUUUUAAUAUUGUUUUACCGUGUAAAUGGGUUUAUAAAUAAUGUUUUGUGCUUUUGAGAUGCGUAAAUAAAACCAAAUUGAAUAGAGAUCUUUAUUUGUCUUAAA